AGGUCAAGGUCAUAUUUCUAAAACUGGCCGUUGAUGAAAGUGUUCCAGUGAGUAAAGUAUUUAACAACAUCCGGUGCUGGCAGUUAUCAACUUGUCAAGAUAAUUCAGGCUCCUGUUACUCUUCAUGGGUAGACGGAGACCCGAGGGGAAGAUAGAUAACCCUGGUUAUCUGCAGUAAGGGAAACUACUCCAGCUUUACAGUCGCCCCUUGCUUACAGAACUUGGAACACAUAAAUUAAAUGGAGAUUUUCGUUUUAACAUUACUUGUGCUUACAUUGCUGCCACUGUUGACCACAGGGGCGGUCACACAAACCGGACAAUGCUACACCUUUAACGGCAACUCUUAUCUGGACUUCUCGCCGGAAAAUUUCAACAACAACAACAACGCCCACUACUCCUUCAAGUUUAAGACCACCCAAGCCAAUGGCCUGCUGCUGUAUGCUCGGGGCCCUCACGACGAUGACGAGGCUGUGUUUCUCCGUAACGGCAAGCUGGUGUACCACCUGUUCAACACCUCACCCACGGGGAUAGAAGGCUACUACGGCGGGCUGUAUCAGGGGACAGAGGAGGUUAACAUAGACGAAUGGAUUUCGGUUGACAUAUUCCGGUCUUGGCAAACAACCAGUGCCGGUACCGGCUCUAGCGUCGACCGGCAAAAAUCCCUGACCGGUCUGUGGUACGAGGUAGAUGGCCGGACCUACAACAACACUGACGAGUUGGUCAGGACGGACAUCGCCCUGUCUCCCACUGUCUACGUAGGUGGAUAUCGCUCUUCAUUGAGCCAGACUGUUGGGAACUUCGAAGGCAUCAUAAGCGACCUCUACGAGGAGAAGAACCAAUGGUCCUUUGAAGACCCAUCCCACAAUUUCAUGAACGGGGUCGUGUAUGGAUGUGGCGGGGUCGCGCCACUGUAGACGAGCGUCACGUGUCUUAGGGCUGCAAAUUCUGGAACUUUUUCGGCUUUGUUGAAGCAAUAUGUUAGCAUUAAAAAAGUAUAGUACUGAGUUCCAAGAAAUGUGGCUUGACUAGACACCUCGACCAAAGGAUUCAUUGAACAAUUCACAGAGUGUAUAUUUUAUUUUUACAGCACAACAACUUUUUAAUACAUUUUUAAAAUUUAAUACACAUAAUAUGAAAAAUGACAAAAAUAACGAAACUUGUAGCAAGAAAUAUGACAUGUUUCCUGGUCUUUUAUAUCUGAACUCACACGACCUCUUGUCCUUGAACUUUACGCAUACACAGGCCUGGCGUUCUGUUUCUUUUUUGGCCUUGUCCCAUGUGACCUACUUUAACAGUAUUAUCAAUGUCUAUCAAAGUAAGCGUAAUCAAUAUCGAAUUUUUGUUUUUGAUUCCUGAUUGCCUUAUUCUCAUUAACAUCGUCUAUUUUUAUCGUUACCUGUUUCUCAUGAUUAAAAACGCAUGUGUGUGUGGGUGAUGAGUUGAAACUGUAGACCUAGGGCUCCUUUUGUUACCAGAUAAAUAUGCACUACUUCUCAUGUUUUCACAUUAAAGUGAAUUAAAAACAGAAACAGAGUUCGCUUUUUAA